AUGCCAACAACCCGCAAAAAGUUAAGCCUAAUUAAACUCGCCGAUGAGUUGGUUGCAGGAGCAACGGAAGCGGGAUCAAACAGCGGUGACGGAGGGGGAGUGAGCCAAUCAUGGUCGGCGUGGGACAACAGCGCAGCAGAAGAACCUACCACUCCAACUCCAGUGCCUGAGCUCAGUGCAGGGUCAAUCCGGGAUUUUUACUCGGGAGCAAACGCGAAUUUGAAUGGCGGUAAUAGGAAUGAGAGAGACCCAUUCAGCCUGACAGAGGAGGAUUUCGACGCAGACGGCAGCAGCAACGGGUUGCCGUUUCCAGGCGAAGAAGGAUACGACGGUUACGACCAAGGCCCGUAUUAUACCAGGCACCAGCAGCAACGUCAGCAGCAGUUUCCUGGGAGCCCUUCGACUGUUCGCUCGCUGAGAGUCGCUCUUCCAAGGAAAAGAACCGCCUCAUCGGCAGCAGCAGCAGCAGCAGGAGGAGGAGGAGGAGGAGGAGGGCUCUUUGUAGCCCAGAACCAAAAGACAAGCGCGACAAUGCCCCUACCUGCAUCUCAUUCUCACCAGUAUUCCAUGCCACAACCACACCAACACCAACAACGCACAACGACCACAUCAAAAACAAGGACCUCCUCCGGUGGUUCAACCACCCGCGCAGGCGGCACCAACCCAAGUUCUAACCGUCACGGCGGGAACCAUCUAAAAAACGCAUGGGAAGACUCAACCGUCGCCUCCAUGUUCAGCGACCCCAAGGCAGUUACUGACAGAGACAGAGAUGCUAAGGAGGCGACAGCAGCAGGGAAAGUACCGUUGGAUAGGUUACGUGCGCAUCAGCAGCAGCAGCAGCAGCAGCAGCAGCAGCAAGGGGAUCAGGGGGAUCGGGGAAGAUAUCAUGGAGGGCUGCGUAGUGGAGGACCACCGCCCGGGCAUGAUGAGAAUAUGCCCUGGGUAGUGAGCGAGAAUGGGUUGUUGAGGGUUGUGCCGGCGCCGGCUAAACCUUUUUCAGGGGAGCUGGAAAGCAACAGCAACAAUAACAGCAAGGGAAGAAAGGGGAUGGGAAUAUUUGAUGACCAGAGCAUUCAGCACCCCUUUAACGACGACGAUACGGAAACGAAUGGCUACCGCGAGGAUGAUCACCGCCUGCUGCCUUUUGACACGCCCACGAAGAGAAACGGGACUACACGCCGGAGUAAGCUACCUUUUCGCGAUACCAGGAGUGUGGCUUCGUUCUCGGCCGGCGAUAACCCGCUGCUGUUCUCGCCUAGAACGCAGAGCGUUAGUGUUAGCUUGUCUCCUGAAUGGCCGGACCCUGGACUGGGAGUGGGACAGGGUGUGUCGGAUAUUGAGGUGAUAAGGAAGCAGGAGCGGCUGGCGAGGGAGAGGGAGAGAGAACGACGGCAGCAUCAGCAACAAGUGGAGGUCAAGAGACCGCCGAUGGAGCACGAGCCAGUGGAUUUGUCCCCUCUCGAGUUUAGCGAACCUGAUUUUGAGGAUACCAAGGCUGCUGUACUGGCGUCGAGCAGUGGCGUUGAUGCUGGUGCUAGGGUAGUGAAGCAGGAGGGGGGGUUGGAGAGGACGCCAAGGGCGAGGCAGAAGCAGAGGGAGCAGCGGUUUGAGCAACAGAUGGGGAAUCCCUUUAGCGACGCCCCCCUGCCUCCGCCGCCAGCUCCAUUGGGUAGGAAGGGGAAUAGUCGCGGUGUACAGGUGCAGGGACAGGUGCCUGCGCCGGCGCCAUUGACCAAGGAGCAUCUUCUUCAGCUCCCUUCAGCGUCUUCGUUGCCGCCCCCAGGACCCCCAUCACUGACCUCCCGCAAACGAAGGCUGGACGAAAGUCUCCUAGACUACAACGACGCCGAACUCCACGCCAUGUCCUACUCCGACCUUCUCAACCAGCCCUUCGAUCACGACCCUCAAGCCGCCCCCAUCAUCUCCCAACCCCCACAGUUCCUCCCAGCCCCCGCCCCCACAGCCCCCCUCCCCCCUGGCAAGGACAGCCCUUUAACAACAAGACUAGAACACUACCUCACCCUCUCCUCCACCUCCCCGGAACUCCAACAAACCUUCAUCACAUCCCUAACUAUCGACGAGUGGGACGAGGCAGGGGAUUGGUUUUUAACUCGGUUUAGUGACAUCAUCAUGCGGAUCAAGCAGGCGAGGAGAAAGAAGAGGGAGGUGGUGGCAAGGUUUGAGGCGGAGAUCGCUGCGAGGGAGGAGGCAGUUAGGGGGAAGAUUGAGGGAAUUGGUCGGACGCUGAGGGAGAUGCGGGAGGAGGGGAUGAAGGUUAUGAGGGGGAGGGAGGUGGAUGUUGAGGAGGAAGGGUGA